ACUAUUCUACUUUCUGUCUCUGUAAAUUUGACUACUCUAAGGAUUUCACGAUGGAUAGAAUGACAGAGGAUGCUCUUCGCCUGAAUCUGUUGAAGCGGAGCUUGGACCCAGCUGAUGAGCGAGAGGAUGUCCUGGCUAAGCGACUCAAAAUGGAGGGGCAUGAGGCCAUGGAACGUCUGAAAAUGUUGGCACUGCUCAAACGGAAGGAUUUGGCAAAUCUUGAAGUGCCACAUGAGUUACCCACCAAACAGGAUGGCAGUGGUGUCAAGGGCUAUGAAGAGAAGCUCAAUGGGAAUCUCAGGCCUCAUGGAGACAACAGGACUGCUGGAAGGCCAGGCAAAGAAAACAUCAAUGAUGAGCCUGUGGAUAUGAGUGCUAGACGGAGUGAGCCAGACCGAGGAAGGCUUACUCCCUCCCCAGACAUCAUUGUUUUGUCUGAUAAUGAGGCUUCCAGUCCCCGUUCCAGCUCCCGAAUGGAAGAAAGACUCAAAGCAGCCAACCUAGAGAUGUUUAAGGGGAAAGGCAUUGAGGAACGGCAGCAGCUCAUCAAGCAGCUGAGAGAUGAGCUGAGAUUGGAAGAAGCCCGACUGGUGCUGUUAAAGAAACUGAGACAGAGUCAGCUACAGAAAGAGAAUGUCGUCCAGAAGACUCCAGUUGUACAGAAUGCAGCAUCUAUUGUUCAACCAUCUCCUGCCCAUGUGGGACAGCAAGGCCUCUCCAAGCUUCCCUCCCGGCCUGGGGCCCAAGGGGUUGAACAGAAUUUGAGGACAUUGCAGGGUCACAGUGUUAUCCGUUCAGCAACCAAUACCACCCUCCCACACAUGUUAAUGUCUCAACGUGUGAUUGCGCCAAACCCAGCCCAGCUACAGGGUCAGCGGGGCCCACCUAAGCCUGGCCUUGUACGCACCACAACACCCAAUAUGAAUCCCGCCAUCAAUUACCAACCGCAGUCAAGUUCUUCUGUUCCCUGUCAGCGUACAACAUCCUCUGCCAUCUAUAUGAACCUUGCCUCCCAUAUUCAGCCAGGGACCGUGAACAGGGUGUCCUCACCACUUCCUAGCCCCAGCGCCAUGACCGAUGCUGCCAACUCACAGGCUGCAGCCAAAUUGGCUCUUCGCAAACAGCUGGAAAAGACACUCCUGGAGAUUCCACCCCCUAAACCACCUGCUCCCCUGCUUCAUUUCCUGCCUAGUGCAGCCAAUAGUGAGUUCAUCUACAUGGUAGGCUUGGAAGAAGUCGUACAGAGUGUCAUCGACAGCCAAGGGAAAAGCUGUGCCUCACUUCUGCGGGUUGAACCCUUUGUUUGUGCCCAGUGCCGCACAGAUUUCACCCCUCACUGGAAGCAAGAAAAGAAUGGUAAGAUUCUAUGUGAGCAAUGUAUGACCUCCAACCAGAAGAAGGCUCUAAAGGCAGAACACACCAACCGACUGAAAAAUGCUUUUGUUAAAGCCCUACAGCAGGAACAGGAAAUUGAACAGCGAUUACAGCAGCAGGCAGCACUCUCCCCCACUACGGCUCCAGCUGUGUCCAGUGUCAGUAAACAAGAGACCAUAAUGAGACAUCAUACGCUUCGACAGGCUCCACAGCCCCAAAGCAGUCUCCAGCGUGGUAUACCCACGUCUGCCCGUUCCAUGCUUUCCAACUUUGCACAGGCACCCCAGCUGUCUGUGCCAGGUGGCCUCCUUGGUAUGCCAGGUGUCAACAUUGCAUACUUGAACACUGGUAUUGGAGGACACAAAGCCCCCAGUCUGGCAGACCGACAGCGGGAAUACCUUUUAGACAUGAUCCCUCCCCGGUCUAUAUCGCAGUCCAUCAGUGGACAGAAAUAACGCCUGUUCCACUUGUACUGCCCCAACCUUGUAUCCUUUACUCCUCUCCUCUCCCGUUGCCCCCAACUUCCGUCGCAUGCAGUGCCUGUACUGGUGCCUACCAUACACGGAAAACAAAACAGAAAAACAGAAGACAAACAGUAGAAAUCAACAAGAAAACACACGCCCUGCCCCGCCACCUCCCCUUUAUUUCACACUGCUGCGAUCUGUUCUUCUGCCACUUUCUCUCUUCAGUUUUCUGUAACAGUGAGGUGGAUCUUUGCCUCUGAUAGAGGUCAGAAUGAGGUCCUGGGGAGAAAUCCAAGCCCUCUGACGUGUGUUUCUAAAGUUUGUUUUUAUGCUUUAAUUAUUAUUAUCAUUUUUAAUGAUGUUGUGUGUCCUCCCUUUGUUCAGUGGACGGUUAAACCUUUUUAUUUUCCCCCCAAUAUUUUUUUUUUCUCUUUUCUUUCCUUUUUUUUUUUGUAAA